AUGUCUCGACACGGCAAGCCAUUCCUGGGCCUCGAAGGCUCCGCCCUUUCGUGGGCUAUCAGCCUGUGCUCCGCCAGCGCCUUUCUUUUGUUUGGCUAUGACCAAGGGAUCAUGGGGAGUAUCAUCUCUACUCCUUAUUUCCUCGAAGCCGUUAGCAUCUCGGCGACCGAUGCCGACACCAUCUCCACCGUUGUUUCCAUAUACGAUGUCGGGUGCAUGGUCGGAUGUCUUGUCGCUGCAAUUUGGGGCGCUGUCCUUCAGGCCUCGUCAUACAGUGUGGCUCAACUCAUUGUCGGGAGAAUCGUCUCUGGCAUCGGGAAUGGAAUGAACACUGGGACAGUGCCAACAUGGGUCUCCGAGACGUCCAAAGCCAAACAUCGAGGGCAGUUGGUCGCAACUCAGUUGUCAAUUGCAGCAUUUGGCAUUGUGAUUGCAUACUGGAUGAAUUACGGCUUCUUUCACCUCACUGGGCAGGUGGUGUGGCGCUUUCCAGUUGCUUUCCAAGCCGCGUUUGCCAUUCCCACCAUUUUCGGUCUCUUCUGGCUCCCAGAAAGUCCACGAUGGCUGUAUUCGAAGAACCGAAAUGGAGAGGCAGAUCUAGUCAUGUCAGCCUUGAAGGGUCUUCCUAUCGAACAUGAAGUGAUUCAAGCUGAACGCAGUGAAAUUCUCGCCGCAAUUGCUUUGGAAGAUCACUUCGGUGAAUACAGUCUGAAAACCAUCUUCUACGAUCGAUCUGGUCAGAAGAUCCCUCAGCGGAUGGCGUUGGUCUUCAUCAUUCAGAUGAUCCAACAACUGCCCGGUGUCAAUAUUGUCAUCUAUUAUUCCAGCACUGUCUUCUUGCAACUGGGGAUAUCUGCCAAUCUUUCUCUGGUCUUGGGCGGCGUUGCAUCUAUCAGCUUCUGGGUGGGUUCACUGUUUGGCAUUGCUCUUAUCGAGCGCGUUGGACGGAAGAAGCUGCUUGUUUCCGGAACAAUUCCAAUCCUAAUCGGGUAUUGUAUUUACACGCCCAUGGUCAAGAAUGGAGGAACAGCACAACUCUGGGUGGCUUUCGGAGCGACGUGCUUGAUCUGUGUGGCUUUCGGUUGGAGUUGGCUGCCGACUCCGUGGUGCCUUGGCCCUGAACUUGUCCCGGUGAGGUACAGGCAUAUCGGGAAUGCCUUGAACGCCUUUGCAAACUGGACCUUUACUUUUAUCAUCGUCAAGGUGGGCCCGAUUGGCAUUGCCAACAUUCACUGGCGAUUAUACAUCGUAUUCAUAAUCUUCACCUUCCUUCAAUUGCCCAUCGUCUGGUUCCUGUAUCCCGAGACUCGUGGUUUAACCCUUGAGGAGAUUGACACGGUUUUCGUGAAAGAUCAUGCUGUGACGGAUGCCCUCGCAGAAAAGGCGGAGCAUGUGCGCCAUUUGGAGAGCAAACAUGUUGAUGUUACUUCAAUUGAUGCUGCGUAG